AUGGGAACCCAAGAAGGCACUAGAGGGCAUAUCUUUGCGCUGCUGGCUGAAGAACAAGAGCAGGAUCCCUUUGUGAUCCAAGGUACGCUACUAUUGUAUAUUACCUACGUACAAGCUUUGUUUGACUCUAGAGCAUCGCAUUCAUUUAUAUCUAUUGCUUGCGUAUCUGCACUAGCACUAGAAACAAAACCCCUAAGUACGAGUAUGAAAGUAACGUCACUGUUAAAGGGGAGUAUAGCUGUUAGUCUAGUGUGUAGAGGGUGCGAACUAGAAGUAGCCAACCCGCGUUUGACCUACAAUCUUAGGGUGAUUGACAUGGCAAAUUUUGACGUAAUCCUAGGGAUGGACUGGCUAUUAACACAUCGAGCGGUCAUAGACUACCAUCAGAAGAUGGUGAUGGUGUAUACCCCCGAAGGGACUCAUUUCUGA